CACAUCUCACACACACACACACACUAUAGCCCGAGCGGAGGCGGGCGGAGGCCCCGAGCGGAGGUGGGCGGAGGCCCCGGGCGGUGGCGGGCCAACGGUGGCGGGCGUUGGCCCGAGCGGAGGCGGGCGGAGGCCUCGAGCGGCGGCUGUGGGUCGGGGGGCAGCUGUCGGUGGUGUGGUGCUGCGCGGAUCCCGGUGAGUUCUUAGUGAUUCCCGACGAGGGUGGCGCGGGAUCCAGCGCGCCGGCGAUAGUUCACUUCUGAGGCAGGGGAUGGCGGCCAGGGGGUGAGGUCGUUGUAUCCACGAGGAGGCGGGGUUGCAGCGACGCCCGGCGCCUGCUCACCAUGUCCGUAGGCGGCGGCGCUGUCUUUUUGACAAGGGAGGCAUGGUCCCGCCGACCCCAAGGAGCCGGAGGCGUCAUGGCUGUGACGGCGGGUAGCAGGCGCAGGCGGAGCGCACGGCCACCACGACGCAUCUGUAGCUCCACGACACGGUGGGGACGAUGGCGAGCUCGCCUCUGCCUCCCGUCGGGGGUUCGACCUGAAGCACGGCUGCUGCAGCUCCCGAAGGUUCGCGGGGGUGGAGCGAGACGGCGUCAUAGGCGACGACUGGGACCUCAGCUCGAGCUCUACCACUAUGCCGUCGCACUGCAACGGUCAUGGCGUUGGCUCCAUUUCCUGCAGAAAAUGGAGGCCAGCUCUAGCACUGCUCUGUAUCCCCAGCGCCGCUGCAAAAACAUCUACCUGGUGAGGCAUGCUCAGGGCAUACAUAAUGUGGAAGGCGACAAGGAUCACAGCGCCUACAACUCGCCUGCGCUGCUCGAUGCUCACAUCACCCCUUUGGGCUGGAGCCAAGUUGAUUGCCUGCGAGACCAUGUGAUGAAAUGUGGACUAGCGAAAAAGAUUGAGUUGGUUGUUGUUUCCCCUCUAAUGAGGACUCUGCAGACUGCAGUGGGGGUCUUCGGCGGUGACAACUGUACUGAUGGAGCAAGUACAUCACCAUUACUAAUGGUAGAAGGCGCUGGACACAGUGGGCGUCAGGCGAUUUCAAGUUUGGACUGCCCGCCGUUUCUCGCAGUUGAGGCCUGCAGGGAGCGCCUGGGUGUUCAUCCCUGUGACAAGAGAAGCAGCAUAACAAAAUACCGUACUCUCUUUCCUGCCAUUGAUUUUUCGCUGAUAGAGAAUGAUGAAGAUGUUCUUUGGGAACCCGAUGUCAGAGAAGCGAUUGACGUUGUUGCUGCCAGAGGCAUGAAGUUCCUUGACUGGUUAUGGGCAAGAGAAGAAAAUGAGAUAGCUAUUGUCACCCACAGUAGUUUCUUGGAUUUCACUUUAAACAUGUACAGUAAAGAGUGUCAUCCAACCAUAGCAGAGGAUAUGCGCAAACGAUUUGCAAACUGUGAGCUCCGGUCGAUGGUGUUGGUCGACAGAAGUAAGCUUGGAUCGGAUACCCCUACAUGCGAUUUCCCUGGGAAGAUACCGGCCGGACUUGAUCUGCCUAGCGAUGUCACAGACAAGAAGCACAUCGAAGAAGCUAGCAGUGGGAGCCGGGGAGCGGUUGGUUGUUUAGAGCACACGCACAUGAGCUCCCCCACUCGUCUCAUUUCUACCUAACAACGUAGAGUCGAGGGAGGGAACUUCCCCCUUUAAAUCACAUUUCUCUUGAAGAAGAACUGAGACUCUUGACCUUACAAUGGUCGAGUUUCAGUUGCAUGAUUGAUGUUGAAGCGAAGAUAAGCGACACCUAGGGAUAUGAUUUAUCAUUUGUCGCUCUGGAGUAUGAUUAGAACAGUUUAUUAUGUUCGUUAUUUGGUUUAUUGUCGGAACACAUACCCAAAUUCAUGGGAGUAAGGAUGAUUUAUACAUGUAGCCAUCUUGUUAA